CAAUACAGGCGAAUGUCUUUUGAACCGAGGUACUAUAUCGGAAAAAAUCUUCUGCGAUUCCAUUUGUCUUACACUUCUGCCGACUUUUUGCUCGAACUGGCUGUUACAGUUGAUGGGAAAAAGCAGCAAUUAUACGUUGAUACAGAUUUGCAUCUCCGCGUGGCAGAUAAGGACGGGAAAAACAGUGAAUACGAAGAAGUCGCUCUGCAUUAUAAUCCAAAUAAAAGGAGCGUUUUCGUUACUAUCUGCAACCCUGAUUUCCCUAUUCGAGCCUUGUGUCUGGCGAAGGAUGUGGCGAGGGGAUGGAACGGAGCUGCAAAGCUUUCAACGGAUUGUAGCAAUAAUUACUCUGUGGGGAGAGUUGCAUGAGUGAGUGCUUUCUCGUUCUAACAUUUUAGAUAUGAUCUAUAGCUAGUUUAUACAUGUAAAAUCUUAGUUAAUGUUAUUCCAUACUGCAUCAAAUGAAUGGCUUCUCUUUAGAAGUGACACAGUAAUAGCAUGCAGGGCCUCUUUUAAGAAUUUCUCAGUAGGGAGAGGGGUUGGGAUAUAGACCCACCUUGAAGUUGGUGAACUGGAAAAGCGGUACUUUUGGGGGUCUGGGGGGGGGGCUUGACUUACGGAGAGUGCAGCCAACAUGGAGCUGGGGGGACUUGCCCUCUCCAGUCUUUUAAUUUAAAAGGGGCCCUUGCAAUGGUAUAGGUCCACACAGGCGUAGCGUUUAAUACAUGAAGAAACAAGAAAGCCGUAUUGGUUGAACAAAUACCUAUGAUGUUGGUAAAAUGAAGCUGGUUUCAUUAUUUUCCGACGUAUAUGCAUGUAGGCAACCUCGUACCCAGGCUCUUUCCACUACGCUGUAGUGGAAAGUGUCUGGCUACGAGGUUGGCAUGUAGGACCGAGGCAACUGAUUUGUGAGCACAUAUAUGCUUAGUGCUGGAAUCAAACCCCAGUCUGAGAAGUAAUAUGUGCAAUCAACCACUAUAUUGCCGGUAAUCUUACCUUAUUUGCUCAUGAUCAUCCUAAUGUGUACAUUUUUGUUUUAUUUGAUAACUCUUUCAUUGUAUUUCUAUUUUGUUAUUUACAGCCGGUGAAUUGAAGACUUUAAAGUUCUGUGACUCGGACUUUUCUUUAAGUGGUAAAAACAAUAGACUAGUACUAGUAACAAAUAGCUGUUAUCGAAUUCGAUGUUAAUGUAAUGGAGUUACGAAUAAAUAUUUUUGUUCUUGG